AUACAGUAUAUAACAUGCCGGGCUCUAACGUGCUCAGAGCCCAACAGAAACUACCCCUUCCCUGGAUACAUUGACAUCAGCUCACUGGUGGUCCAAGAUGACUAUAUGUUUAUUCAGGUAAGGCUCUGUCUGAGGAGAAUAGAUUGUACCAUAUUGUAUGUAGACCAUGAUGCAUUGCGUAGGAUGCGCAUCGUUAGCCUUGAGUGAUAUGGGCAUGUGUUAUGUGUUACGCACAACUUGGUUUGGCUAGGACUGGGAGGAGAUUAGCAUAUUUUACAGCACCACAUGCAACAACUGGUUGAUCCUCAGGUGUGAGGAAAUGGUAUGAUAGAGUGAUUCAACUGUAAUUAAUAAAAAAUAUUAAUAUUUCUGAUUAAUUGUUAUGUUGACACAUUUUAUUAAUGGCAGGAUGUUCUUGAUUAGGAUAGAAAUGGGCACCAUUGAAAGACACAAAGUUUUUUAAUUGUUCAUUUUGCAAUCUGAAUAUGUACAGUGUAUAUUGUAUUCAUGUCAUUCUCACCUCUGAACCUUGACCAGUCUCUAUGCUGCAUGGGUAUUUUAUUUCUAACUGUUUCCAUAAUUUAUAUUGUCAAAAAAACUAUUUAGACACAUUCUGUAUCAAGAAAAGGAACCUCGCAUGACAUAUUUAAAAUAUGCUAACCUUUUGUUUGACCCUUCGUUCGAGAGUCUGCAUUUGCACACUAUUCUGAUUCAGAUGUGAAACCUAGAGAGUUUUAUAUUUAUCCACAUCAGUCCCCCAGUAUGUCAUAUAAAUCAUAAUUUGUGCGAGAGAGAGAAAUCUAAAAUGGUAAUGUACUGAAUUCCUAGUAAUGCUGGUGCAGUUUUGGGGUUAUGUUAUUUACUUUGACAUUGUGUAAAUGAGGAUGCAUGAAUUUAAAAAUAAACAGGAAGAUAGGAAUAAUUACCCCACCAAUCCAGUCCAGUAUAAAUAACUUUUCCAUCCAAAUGUAACUCCAAAGUCCUACCUAGUUAUUUGAAGUAUUUGAAGGGGAGAGUUACCGAUGUCUUUCUAUUAGAACAUGAAUUAGGGCCAAGAGUUUUUACAGGUCAGGUCACAUGGUCAGGGAAAAUUCCUGGUCCUAACUAUUUCAAUUAGAGACAGGAGUUUUCCCUGGAGCAAGUGGCUUGACCAGGAAAACUCUAGGCUCUAGUAGCCUAUGUCAGGAGUUCAGGAAGAACUCCUAGUCCUACACUUGAUGUCUUGAAAAAACUCUGCCAUGUAGUUAUAGCCUACGCAGGGCCAAGACUUCUUCAUUAGGUCACAUUUUCAGGAAAAUUCCAGGCCCUACACAUGAUUGGCUUCAUUCUGCCAGAAUAAUGACCUGAAAAUAAAGAUCUGUGGUCUACCAGAUCCCUCAACCAUGUUUUUACCACACUCAUACAUCUCCCUACCUAAACACACACCCACUCAACUUGAAUCUCCAACUGCAUCUUCAAUUCAGGGAACCUACAAUGUUUUUUCGUGUUGUGUCACAGCCGAACGGAUUCUGUGAAAGGGGGUAAUGAAAAACUUUCAGUUCAAAACCGCCCCUGGUUACUCUCCAUCGACUUUGAGCCUCUUAACUCACUGUGCCCACUGUUCAUUCCUUAGCACACUAAGAGGCCUAUUUGGUUCUGUCAUAUAAUAAUGAGCCUAUUUCACCUCUCCCCUUUUUCUACCCAGAAAGCCAGCAGCUUGUCUUGUGGUUAUAUUCUCGAUUAAUGGAAUUAUGAAAGAGGACGCUAGGACAAUCACACUUUUGUUGUCGAAAAAUUGUUCUCCUAUCCUGAUAGCCUCCGAAGCCUGUGCUCUAAUUACAGGUUUCUAAUGCUUUCUUCCCUGCUGGCUGUGUUUGUACUGCAUAGGCUAACAGCAGCUAACAGCAGCUAACAGCUCAAGUGUUUGCUUGCUGAGGCGCUGGUUUCAUUAAGGAUGACUUUCCAAUGACAGGCCACUGAGCAUUGCUUGGGAGAGUUAAAGAUUUAUCUUGACAGAGAAUAGUGAGGCUAUUGAUUGUCCCUAUGAGAUAUUUACCCAAGUCUACCUCCAAAACCACAAAGGGCAUUGACACCAGGAGAGGACGUGAAAGGAGCAGUUUCCUCUGUAUGCUAGCCAGGAGAUUUUCUCAAUAGAAAAAUCCGGAAAUAGCCAUUUAAAUUCCUUAUGUGUCAAUGUCCCUCUCUGACAAUGAAGUAUACAUCUUUACAUCAUAAACAAUGUUAUGUAUGUUUACUUGGGUGAGGGUUGCAAGAUGAAUACAUUUAUGCCAGGCUGCCCAUCAUUACGCACACCUGUCACCAUCAUUACGCGCAUCUUUGCUUCAUUGGACUCACCUGAACUUCAUCACUGUUUGGUUACCUCCCCUAUAUCUGUCUGUUCCUCAGUUUGAUCCCCGUGUCUGCAUUAAUGUUGUUUCGUUUCCGUUGUCCAGACGCUGUCAGUGUUUUGUUCCUGUCUGUUUUUUCAUAAAAUGUUCACUCCCUGUACUUGCUUCUCGUCUCCCAGCAUCUGUCCUUACAAUUUUACAGUAAUAAACACAUGCCUCCGGAGAUACAUACAGUAGAUCAAUUAUUCAGAUUGCAUACUUUUUAAAAUUUAGCAAAUAUUUCUUACAUUUAACUCUGCAUUGUUGUGAAAGGGCUCGUAAGUAAGCAUUUCACGGUAAAGUCUAAAACUGAUGUAUACGGCGCAUGUGACAAAUAACAUUUGAUUUGAUUUGAAGUAACCAACUAUUUCCCCCCUUGUUUCCUCCCUGCAACAAAAUGAUUUAGCUGUAGAAAUACAGUGCCUUGCAAAAGUAUUCAUCCCCGUUGCCGUUUUUCCUAUUUUGUUGCAUUACAACCUGUAAUUUAAAUUGAUUUUUAUUUGGAUUUCAUGUAAUGGACAUACACAAAAUAGUCAGAAUUGGUGAAGUGAAAAAAAUAACUUCUAAAAAAUAAAUAACGGAAAAGUGGUGCGUGUAUAUGUAUUCACCCCCUUUGCUAUGAAACCCCUAAAUACGAUCUGGUGCAACAAAUUACCUUCAGAAGUCACAUAAUUAGUAAAAUAAAGUCCACCUGUGUGCAAUCUAAGUGUCACGUGAUCUGUCACAUGAUCACAGUAUAUAUACACCUGUUCUGAAAGGCCCCAUAGUCUGCAACACCCCUAAGCAAGGGGCACCACCAAGCAAGCGGCACCAUGAAGACCAAGGAGCUCUCCAAACAGGUCAAAGACAAAGUUGUGGAGAAGUACAGAUCAGGUUUGGGUUAUAAAAAAAUAUCUGAAACUUUGAACAUCCCACGGAGCACCAUUAAAUCCAUUAUUAAAAAAUGGAAAGAAUAUGGCACCACAACAAACCUGCCAAAAGAGGGCCGCCCACCAAAAUUCACGGACCAGGCAAGGAGGGCAUUAAUCAGAGAGGCAACAAAGACACCAAAGAUAACCCUGAAGGAGCUGCAAAGCUCCACAGCGGGGGGAUUGGAGUAUCUGUCCAUAGGACCACUUUAAGCCGUACACUCCACAGAGCUGGGCUUUACGGAAGAAUGGCCAGAAAAAAAGCCAUUGCUAAAAUAAAAAAAUAAGCAAACACGUUUGGUGUUCGCCAAAAGGCAUGUGGGAGACUCCCCAAACAUAUGGAAGAAGGUAUUCUGGUCAGAUGAGACUAAAAUUGUGCUUUUUGGCCAUCAAGGAAAACGCUAUGUCUGGCGCAAACCCAACACCUCUCAUCACCCCCGAGAACACCAUCCCCACAAUUAAGCAUGGUGGUGGCAGCGUCAUGCUGUGGCGAUGUUUUACAUCGGCAGGUACUGGGAAACUGGUCAGAAUUGAAGGAAUGAUGGAUGGCGCUAAAUACAGGGAAAUUCUUGAGGGAAACUUGUUUCAGUCUUCCAGAGAUUUGAGACUGGGACGGAGGUUCACCUUCCAGUAGGACAAUGACCCUAAGCAUACUGUUAAAGCAACACUCGAGUGGUUUAAGGGGAAACAUUUAAAUGUCUUGGAAUGGCCUAGUCAAAGCCCAGACCUCAAUCCAAUUGAGAAUCUGUGGUAUGACUUAAAGAUUGUUGUACACCAGUGGAACCCAUCCAACUUGAAGGAGCUGGAGCAGUUUUGCCUUGAAGAAUGGGCAAAAAUCCCAGUGGCUAGAUAUGCCAAGCUCAUUGAGACAUACCCCAAGAGACUUGCAGCUGUAAUUGCUGCAAAAGGUGGCUCUACAAAGUAUUGACUUUGGGGGGGGGGGGGGGGGGGGGGGGGUGAAUAGCUAUGCACGCUCAAGUUCUCUGUUUUUUUGUCUUAUUUCUUGUAUGUUUCACAAUAAAAAAUAUUUUACAUCUUCAAAGUGGUAGGCAUGUUGUGUAAAUCAAAUGAUACAAACCCCCCCAAAAAUCAAAUUUUAUUCCAAGUUUUAAGGCAACAAAAUAGGAAAAAUGCAAAGUGGGGUGAAUACUUUCGCAAGCCACUGUCUCUGUAGCAUUACUACACAAUGGUGUGUAGUCUCAUAGUGUGUAGUUUCACUCAUGUAGUCUUAACUCUUCUACUGCAGCUGUUAAAAGACACUAUGGUGUGUAGAGUACAUUGGCAGCCAUAGUGUUAAACGUUCAAUGUGCACAUCAGACCUGAUCUUGUGACACCCAACACGUACUCGGCAGCUUGUUACAACCCCCACCCAUGUGAUCCAUCAUCUCUUGAUAAAUCCUCUAAACUCUCCAACCCACCAUCCUCUGCCACCAGGAUCUCCACAUCGUCAGCACAGACGAGCACCAGGUCUUCGCGGCGGUGCAGGAGUGGAACCAGAACGACACCUACAACCUGUACCUCUCCGACACCCGGGGCAUCCUCUUCACCCUGGCCAUGGAGAACGUCAAGACCACCCGGGGCCUGGGGGGCAACCAGAUGCUGGACCUGUAC